AUGAGCAUGCAGCUGAAUCUCCAACGCAGCCAUUUGGAUGAGCGGUUCUCGAGAAAGCUGCAAGCAGCAACACCACAGACCAAACAUUCAGCCCGUUCUAAAGGACAUGUUUUGAACGGGCGCUGCACUAGUACUUCAUCUCUCUGUCUGCAUGUUUCUCUUUCUCUCUCUUCUUCUCCAGACUCUGUCAGGCUGGUGAAUGGGAAGAGUCUGUGUUCAGGCAGACUAGAGGUGAAGUCCAACCAGUCGUGGUCCUCAGUGUGUGAAGAUGACUUUGACCUGCAGGAUGCUGAGGUGGUCUGUAGGGAGCUUGGCUGUGGGGCUCCUUCAGUCCUCCAGGGGGCGCUCUAUGGAGACGUGGAGGCUCCAGUGUGGACCAAAGAGUUCCAGUGUGGAGGCCAUGAGUCUGCUCUCCUGGACUGUGACAGCUCAGACUCAGAUAGAAACACCUGCUCACCUGGCAAAGCUGUUGGACUCACCUGUUCAGAGCUCCAUAAUGUCCGGCUGGUGGGAGGAUCCAGUCGCUGUGCUGGUGAACUGGAGAUGAAACAACGGGGAUACUGGAGACCAGUGUAUGACCCAAUGUCUGACUGGAAUCUAAAGACAGCAGAUGAAGUGUGUAGAAAACUGGACUGUGGCUCUGCUGUUUCAACAGGGCGGAGAGAGAGUGACCUUGACAAACGUAUAUGGUUGAUUAGAUCAACUUGUCUUCAGUCCAAGUCUGCAGUUAGGGAGUGUAUAUUGACAGACUCUCACACUUCCUAUUCCAGCCUGGAGAUCAACUGUUCAGAAUCCGUCAGGCUGGUGAAUGGGAAGAGUCUGUGUUCAGGCAGACUGGAGGUGAAGUCCAACCAGUCCAACCAGUCGUGGUCCUCAGUGUGUGAAGAUGACUUUGACCUGCAGGAUGCUGAGGUGGUCUGUAGGGAGCUUGGCUGUGGGGCUCCUUCAGUCCUCCAGGGGGCGCUCUAUGGAGACGUGGAGGCUCCAGUGUGGACCAAAGAGUUCCAGUGUGGAGGCCAUGAGUCUGCUCUCCUGGACUGUGACAGCUCAGACUCAGAUAGAAACACCUGCUCACCUGGCAAAGCUGUUGGACUCAUCUGCUCAGUCUGUUCAGAGCCUGAUGACGUCCGGUUGGUUGGAGGAACCAGCCACUGUGUCGGUAGACUUGAGAUGAAACACAAGGGAGAAUGGAGACCAGUGGACUACUUCUUCUAUAAGUGGGACCUGAUGUCUGCAGCUGUUGUGUGCAAACAGCUGGACUGUGGUUCUGUUCUUUCAACAGGAAGAAGAGAUGAUUCGGACCAACGACAUGCAUGGAUAAUCAGUUCUUCCUGUGGUCAGUCUGAGUCUUCAAUCAGGGAAUGUGUAUCAACACGGCCUGGUUCUUCCCGUAACGUUCUGAAGGUCACCUGCUCAGACUCUAUCAGGCUGGUGAAUGGGAAGAGUUUGUGUUCAGGCAGACUGGAGGUGAAGUCUCACCAGUCCAACCAGUCGUGGUCCUCAGUGUGUGAAGAUGACUUUGACCUGCAGGAUGCUGAGGUGGUCUGUAGGGAGCUUAGCUGUGGGGCUCCUUCAGUCCUCCAGGGGGCGCUCUAUGGAGACGUGAAGGCUCCAGUGUGGACCAAAGAGUUCCAGUGUGGAGGCCAUGAGUCUGCUCUCCUGGACUGUGACAGCUCAGACUCAGAUAGAAACACCUGCUCACCUGGCAAAGCUGUUGGACUCACCUGUUCAGAGCCUGAUGAUAUCAGGUUGUUAGGAGGAUCCAGUCGCUGUGAUGGUACGCCAGAGAUGAAACAACAUGGAGAGUGGAGACCAGUGCAUGAUGAACUCUUUGAAUGGGAGCAGAUGUUAGCAGCUGCAGUGUGUAAUCGACUGGACUGUGGUUCUGCUGUUUCAACAAACAUAAACACCAGUUCUUCAUGGAAGUCUGUGUGGUUGAUCCAGCGUUCUUGUGUUGAGUCUCAUUUGAUGCUACGGGAGUGUUUAAGGCUACGUAGUGACACGAGAAGCUCCGACAGCCUGGAGGUGAUCUGCUCAGAUUUUCUGGUUCAGCCAAACAUCUCCUUCGCUACCUUCAUUGACGGGGUUUCUGAGGCCAAUCAGCAGGGGCUUCAGGUGCUCAUGGGCUCCAGCUUCACCAUCAGCUGCUCCAUCCUGCCACAGUACCCAGGAGGCUCCUUCCAGCUUAUUCUGACCACCUCAGCUACAUCACAGAACCACACCCUGCCAGCUGUCAAUCACUCUGCCCACUUCCUGUUCUCUGCUGCAGAGCCCGCCCACCGAGGGGAGUACCGCUGUGUUUAUCACCUCUAUGUUUUCUCCUAUAACUUCUCAUCUGAGAGCCAGCCGCUCCAUCUCACUGUCUCAGCCUCUGUAACAGAUCUGAUCAUCAGACUGGUUGUCCUCCUGGUGCUGAUGGUGCUGAUGGUGGGGUCCAAUGCUGCCGUGUAUUGCUACUGCAAGGCCCCCAGAGGGCAGAAACCAAGACGAGAGGACAACAUGGAGCUGGAUCACCUCGGUGGUGCUGGUGACUUGCUGGGUGAAGAGGCAGGAGCCCAGGGGACAGAGUAUCCAGACUAUAUCAGGUUGUUGGGAGAGGCCAGCCGCUGUGCUGGUAAACUGGAGAUGAAAAACCACGGAGAGUGGAGGCCAGUGGCCAGCACUGACUGGGACCAUGAAAUUCCUGACACGCUGCAGACUGCAACGUGUCGACAGUUGGAUUGUGACUUGCUGGCUCAGCCAAUCAUCUCCCUCUCUCCCUCCACUGACGGGGUCUCCGAGGCCAAGCAGCAGGGGCUUCAGGUGCUCAUGGGCUCCAACUUCACCAUCACAUGCUCUAUUGAACCACAGUACCCAGGAGGCUCCUUCCAGCUCAUCUUCACCACCUCCAACACAGCACAGAACUACACCCUGCCAGCUGUCAAUCACUCUGCCCACUUCCUGUUCUCUGCUGCAGAGCCCGCCCACCGAGGGGAGUACCGUUGUGUUUAUCACCUCUAUGUUUUCUCCCUUAACUUCUCAUCUGACUGUCUCAGCGUGCUGGGUGUGGUGGUACUGAUGUCUCUGAAGAUUGAUGCUAUCCGGUUGGUGGGAGGAUCCAGACGCUGUUCUGGUGAACUAGAUGUGAAGCACCAGGGAGUUUGGAGAGGAGUGGAUCACCGUUACUGGGACCUGAAGUCAGCAGACAGAGUUUGUAGAUAUCUGGACUGUGGUUCUGUGGUUCGGACUUCCUCAACAACACAUCCAUCUUCACCUUCAUGGACGAUCCCACCUUCCUGUCUUAAGUCUGAAUCUAGACUGAAGAAAUGUUUAGAAGAAUGGUCUCCAAAUCUAAGUUUUCCUACCAUUUUGGUGAUCAUCUGCUCAGACUCUGUCAGGCUGGUGAAUGGGAAGAGUCUGUGUUCAGGCAGACUAGAGGUGAAGUCCAACCAGUCGUGGUCCUCAGUGUGUAAAGAUGACUUUGACCUGCAGGAUGCUGAGGUGGUCUGUAGGGAGCUUGGCUGUGGGGCUCCUUCAGUCCUCCAGGGGGCGCUCUAUGGAGACGUGGAGGCUCCAGUGUGGACCAAAGAGUUCCAAUGUGGAGGCCAUGAGUCUGCUCUCCUGGACUGUGACAGCUCAGACUCAGAUAGAAACACCUGCUCACCUGGCAAAGCUGCUGGACUCACCUGUUCAGAGCUCCAUAAUGUCCGGCUGGUGGGAGGAUCCAGUCGCUGUACUGGUGAACUGGAGAUGAAACAACAGGGAUACUGGAGACCAGUGGAUGACCCAAUGUCUGUCUGGAAUCUAAAGACAGCAGAUGAAAUGUGUAGAAAACUGGACUGUGGCUCUGCUGUUUCAACAGGGCGGAGAAAGAGUGACUUUGACAAACCUAUAUGGUGGAUUAGAUCAACUUGUCUUCAGUCCAAGUCUGCAGUUAGGGAGUGUAUAUCGACACACUCUGAAACUUCCCGUUUCAACCUGGAGAUCAACUGUUCAGAAUCCAUCAGGCUGGUGAAUGGGAAGAGUCUGUGUUCAGGCAGACUGGAGGUGAAGUCCAACCAGUCCAACCAGUCGUGGUCCUCAGUGUGUGAAGAUGACUUUGACCUGCAGGAUGCUGAGGUGGUCUGUAGGGAGCUUGGCUGUGGGGCUCAUUCAGUCCUCCAGGGGGCGCUCUAUGGAGACGUGGAGGCUCCAGUGUGGACCAAAGAGUUCCAGUGUGGAGGCCAUGAGUCUGCUCUCCUGGACUGUGACAGCUCAGACUCAGAUAGAAACACCUGCUCACCUGGCAAAGCUGUUGGACUCAUCUGCUCAGGUAGAAUCUCUAUUCUAAUGCAAGUUACUUUACUUCUUUUACUAAUUACUCUCUUGUCUUGUUCAGAGCCUGAUGACGUCCGGUUGGUUGGAGGAACCAGCCACUGUGUCGGUAGACUUGAGAUGAAACACAAGGGAGAAUGGAGACCAGUGGACUACUUCUUCUAUAAGUGGGACCUGAUGUCUGCAGCUGUUGUGUGCAAACAGCUGGACUGUGGUUCUGUUCUUUCAACAGGAAGUAGAGAUGAUUCGGACCCCCUACAUGCAUGGAUGAUCAGUUCUUCCUGUGGUCUGUCUGAGUCUUCAAUCAGGGAAUGUGUAUCAAUACGGCCUGGUCCUUCCAGUAAGAGUCUGGAGGUCACCUGCUCAGACUCUAUCAGGCUGGUGAAUGGGAAGAGUCUGUGUUCAGGCAGACUGGAGGUGAAGUCUCACCAGUCCAGCCAGUCGUGGUCCUCAGCGUGUGAAGAUGACUUUGACCUGCAGGAUGCUGAGGUGGUCUGUAGGGAGCUUGGCUGUGGGGCUCCUUCAGUCCUCCAGGGGGCGCUCUAUGGAGACGUGGAGGCUCCAGUGUGGACCAAAGAGUUCCAGUGUGGAGGCCAUGAGUCUGCUCUCCUGGACUGUGACAGCUCAGACUCAGAUAGAAACACCUGCUCACCUGGCAAAGCUGUUGGACUCACCUGCUCAGAGCACGAUGAUAUCAGGUUGUUAGGAGGAGCCAGUCGCUGUGAUGGUACGCUAGAGAUGAAACAACAUGGAGAGUGGAGACCAGUGGCUGACCGGGACUUUGAAUGGGACCAGAUGUUAGCAGCUGCAGUGUGUAAUCGACUGGACUGUGGUUCUGCUGUUUCAACAAACAUAAGCACCAAUUCUUCAGAGAAGCUUGUGUGGUGGAUCCAGUCUUCUUGUGUUGAGUCUCAUUUGAUGCUACGGGAGUGUUUAGAGCUACCUAGUUACAGGAGAAGCUUCAACAGCCUGGAGGUGAUCUGCUCAGAUAUCCUGACUCAGCCAAACAUCUCCUUCGCUACCUUCAUUGACGGGGUUUCUGAGGCCAAUCAGCAGGGGAUUCAGGUGCUCAUGGGCUCCAGCUUCACCAUCAGCUGCUCCAUCCUGCCACAGUACCCAGGAGGCUCCUUCCAGCUUAUUCUGACCACCUCAGCUACAUCACAGAACCACACCCUGCCAGCUGUCAAUCACUCUGCCCACUUCCUGUUCUCUGCUGCAGAGCCCGCCCACCGAGGGGAGUACCGCUGUGUUUAUCACCUCUAUGUUUUCUCCUAUAACUUCUCAUCUGAGAGCCAGCCGCUCCAUCUCACUGUCUCAGCCUCUGUAACAGAUCUGACCAUCAGACUGGUUGUCCUCCUGGUGCUGAUGGUGCUGAUGGUGGGGUCCAAUGCUGCCGUGUAUUGCUACUGCAAGGCCCCCAGAGGACAGAAACCAAGACGAGAGGACAACAUGGAGCUGGAUCACCUCGGUGGUGCUGGUGACUUGCUGGGUGAAGAGGCAGGAGCCCAGGGGACAGAGUAGGAUCAUCCAGAUGGACGGCUCAGCUCUCACACAACAGUCACAUCAGAGCAGCGUUCUGUAAUUGAUUCUAAACAUGAUGCAGUGAGGACAAUGGGACAUUUUGUUGUAUUCUAUAUAAUCUGCUGAGUGAACUGUUGCAGCAUCAUAUAAUCUGCAGAGCCAGGCAAAGAAAAACUGUGUUCCUCAUCCUCUAUAAGAGUGAUGAAUACUACAGUUAAGAGACGAGGGCUAGGGUAAAGUGUUAGCAUGCCUUAUUCAUGAUUAACAAGUACUGUCACAGUACAUAAAGUGGUGUUUUUGAUUAUUAUAUUCUUUGCAUGAUGAAAACAAGAUGAGGUUCUAUCAGUUAAGAAAGCUAAUGAUAAGUAUAUUGUUGUUAAUGUUUUGAAGGAAGCUCAUUACAUUAACCAUGAGGAACACUUUGAUGCUUCUGUCUGUGGUUUCUGUCUUUUGCUUAAAAUAACUGUCAGAUAUAAUUUUAAUACUACUGAGUUUUCAGAGAAAUCUAUGAAGAAUUUAAGAGCUAAAAUAAUCAACUUAAUGUGUAAAUAGUUAGGAGUCGAUGGCUUUGAAGCCACUAAAACCAAAUUACAAACAUAAUGUGUUGUUAAUGUUUCUGAACUGUUAAAUAAUGAGCUUUUUAAAAUGUAUCACAAUAAAUGAAGCUUGCAUCGAC